CUACAAAGGCGGCGGCGGCGGCGGGCGGCCGCUACUCACCGGCACCGGCGGGAGGGCGCGGCCGCGGCGCCGCCGCCCGCGCUGCAUGGGGACAAAGCGCGCCGCGGGCCCGCCCCGCCGCGGCAUGCCCCCGCGGUAGCCCCGCGGCUCCGACGCGCCUCUUCGCUCGCUUCCAGCGUUUUCGGGUGCGGGGCGGGGGGGAGGAUCCCGCGCCGCCGGUGGCGGAGGCACCCCCAGCCCCGUGGGCGCCGAGCGGCGUGGAUGCUGGUUGCGGCGGGCGCCCGCCGCUGCCGCCGCGCCCGGCACCAUGCACACGGUGCAGAAGGACACCACCUUCACCAAGAUCUUCGUCGGGGGGCUGCCCUACCACACCACGGACUCCUCCCUCAGGAAGUACUUCGAGGUCUUCGGGGACAUCGAGGAGGCGGUGGUGAUCACCGACCGGCAGACCGGCAAAUCCCGGGGAUAUGGUUUUGUGACCAUGGCAGACCGAGCUGCAGCUGAGAGAGCGUGCAAAGACCCCAACCCCAUCAUUGAUGGCAGGAAAGCAAAUGUGAACCUGGCAUAUUUGGGAGCAAAACCAAGGAGUAUUCAAACUGGUUUUACCAUAGGUGUGCAGCAGCUACAUCCAGCCUUUAUUCAGAGACCCUUUGGACUCACGCCUCACUAUGUUUACCCUCAAGCUAUCAUUCAGCCCAGCGUGGUGAUCCCUACCCCCGUGCAGUCUAUCACGUCUCCCUACAUUGACUACACCACCGCGAGCCAAGCCUAUUCCCAGUACACCACCGCUGCCUACGACCAGUACCCCUACGCUGCCUCUCCCGCUGCUGGCUUUGUGGGAUACGGCUACACGGGCGCAGUCCAGCCCCCCCUCACCGCCAGCAACCCGGCGGCGCCCGCCACGGCGUUCGUUCAGUACCAGCCCCAACAGCUGCAACCCGACCGCAUGCAGUAAGGGCCCUGCUCGCCGCCUAGGACAAUCUCGUACCGUGGAAGGAUGCGACUAUGACGGCAAAAGCAACAAAAAAAAAAGUACAAAAGAAACAGGAAAAAAAAAGAAAAAAUCCCCUUCCCCCUUUUGUCCUCUUUAUUUAGGUGCGUAUCAAUACCUAAGCUAUUUAUAGUGUUAAGGGCAAGCCCAAACCCUUGCAGUCUGACUGUGCUCGUGAAAAAGGACUUCGGUAAGUUUUUUCAAUCUGGACGGAUAUUGUCAUGAAGAUGUUCAUAAAGUGACUGAAAUGUUUUACAGGAAAACAACAGAUUCUUGCACACUUCGCGGUCUGCUUCUAUCCCCUGUUGUCUUCUUUCCAGCCCCUGCCCCCAUCUGCCCUGUCAGCCCUCCCCUCCUCAUCAAACCUGCAAUCUUCUUAUUUACUGUUGAGGUACAGAGGUACUCGGAGAAUAUGGAAAAAAGCAAUCUUAUUUUUUGGUUGUACAAAAACUUUGUAAUACUCAGAGAUGCCUUACAGAAAAAAAACAGAAAAGAAAAAGAAAAACUAUUUUUUAAUAUUUAUUGCGAUUUUAUUCGCAUGAGCUGUGAAUUGCAGACAGAAGAAUAGUAGUAAGUAUCUGCCUUGUUUAAUUCUCAUUUUACUAAAUUAUUGUAUGUAGGUAAAAGUUCCUAAGUAAUUGCUGAAUCACUUCAACAUGCAAAAGGGAAUAUUGGCUUGAAGGACAGCGGAAUAUUCCUUUAGUCAACGCACUGUACUAUUUUCUUAUUUUAAUUGUUACUCUGUUAAGAUUAUUUCAAAUUUAGGUAUAUUUUUAAAAUGCAAAAAAACAACCAAGAAUACCGAACAUUUUGUCUACUUCGGUAGAUCUUUUGUUAUAAUGCUGCAACCUAUGGAGACAUUUACAGUAUUUAUGUGAAAGAGUUUUGGGGCUGUUGGCCAGCAAAGCUUAGGAGACUAUCAAGAAUGAAGCAAAGGAAAAAAAAGGUAUUAUGUCAUUGAACAAAUGGGUAAACGUAACCUUUUUAUGCCUAUACUGCAACAGCCAAAUAAAGGAAGAGAACAGACAAUGUAAGUUAAGUGCAUUUCUACAAAGAACAGCAAUAAAAUAUUUUAACUUUUAAAACGA